AUGCACACCCGACGGGGGACAGCUGGCCCUAGCUGGGGGUCUGACACAGCCACCGCAGGUGUCUGGAGCUCCCGGGAAUGGGCCGAGGAGGAGGAUCGCCGCACGGGACGCGAGGGCUGGACCGGCGGUGAGGCGGGAGUAAAGGUUGGAUUUUAAGGCGGGGGCGGCUUCCGGAGACACGCGCUCAGGUUGGAAGGUGGGGUGAAUGCCGGGUCGGCGAGUGCACCUUGUUCUGCACCCCUGCGCCCAUCUCGGGAACUGCACGCGGCAUCCCCACCUCCCACGCUGAUGAGAGUACGGCCCGCAGGGCUCCCCUGGCGAACGAAGCUUAUGGUUCGCUCCACCCCGCCCACACAGAGGCCGCCCACCGGCUCUGCAGCUCUCAGGACUCCUCUGUCAGACCAACUACAGAAGGGGCUUGGCCUUCGCCCUCAGUCUGUCUUUAAGGGCAAGGGGUCGUUGACUUCGGUUAUGACCCCGCACUCGGACCCAGACAGGGCCCCAGCCUCCGCCUUGGACUUAUGCCUAGGAAGCUGGCCAGCCUCCGCCUUCAGACCUUGGGGGAAAGUCUCUACCUCUGCUCUCAGACUCUGA